CACACACACACACAAGACCACACACACCACACCGCUAUACAUGUCGUCUUCGUCACGGCCACCUUCCGGCACGCUCAACGAGCUCAUGCUCCAGGCGGAAAGGGCUAUCCUGUGGAGUGCCGUGGGCGAAGAGUGGCGAGAGAUUCGGGCACCGUGGGUCGACGCCUGCUCCUCGGCGUCGUCGCCGCAGGCGCUCGCCGAGCUCCUUGUCGCACUCGGACGCUCCAUGCGGCCGUCAGUCAUGCACUCGCGCUGGCCCCGCAUGUUGCCCAAGUGGGAGUCCAAGCUCGGCUUAGCCUCGUCGUACUCGGACGUCUCACGCAUGCUCCUCGCUCUCGAGAUGAACAUCGACUGGAACCAGGCGACCAAGUCGAGCCGAUUCCGCUCGGGCUCGUCACGCGACGAGUGGCGUUCCCGUGUCCGAUCGGCCUCAUCCUCGACAGGCGCAUCAGGUUCCAAGCCCUUUUCGUUUGGCACAUUGUCGGCCAAGCCUCCGCGAACCUUUGAUGACUCCUCGCGCUUUCUCGCCCAUGGUGACAUGAAGACCGGCUACCUCCCUCCCUCCGCCCCGGUCUCCAAGAAGAAGCUCCGCAAGCAAUCCGCCGGUGAACGCAAGCCUCUGAGCUUUGGUCACCCAGCAAGUGGGGAGCAGGCUCUCGCCGUUCCACAGCUUUCUCGCUCCGGUGGUUCGUCAUCAGCUGCCACCGACCGCACCUCGGCCUCGCGCUCGCCACUCCUGGCUCUGCGCCGCACCCAGUCGACGUUUUGCAACUCGGCUGCCCGUCGCACCUUUGUCCAGGCCCUUGUCCUCUCGUCGCUUGUCGAUCCCACAUGAUGACGAGCUUCCCGCAAGCUGAAACACCGAAGACUCGGCAAGUCACAUCCGUCCACUGGCUGUCGAUGUUUCUCUCUCUCCCUCGAGCUGCGUUUACUAUGCUCGCGCAACUGUUGCAAGGAUAAAAAGUAUGUGGAAAAUGAUG